AUGGCUGGCAAGAAGCGGAAGAAUGAGUAUGUAGAUCCUUUCAAAGCAUUUGAGAUGGAGCGCGAAGCAAACACACAGCGUUUGUUGAAAGACAGGAAGUUAGUUAUCAAUAGAGGGGCAACAGCCGCAAACUCUGGUACUACACCUGAAACACUUGUUGGUAAGUCCAGAAAUACAAGUUCAAGGAAUCAGCAACCACAACCACAACAUAAACAGCCAAUAGAUAGUUCUUCUCUGGGAUGCAAAACUCCUACGGAUGAAAGUAAAAUAUCUAUGUCUAACAUUAGAGAGACUAUAUUUACACUCCAUACAAAUCCGGACGCUUCAACUCGUCCUCGAGCGCCUUUUUCUGAGGCACAUGCUGAGUGCGUAAACCCCACGAUAAAUCCGACCGGCAGGAAAGAAAAGACUCGAAUUGGAGUUCAAAAGCUUGGAAGUCUAAUUAGGAAGUCCGAAAUUUCUAAAGCUGCUUCAAAAACGGGAGCGCAUGCAAGAGUUAAUCAUUUCAUCGAGCAAUUGCUUUUUCAUUUCAGCUUCUCGGAAGCGCAGCUGGUUACCAAGUAUCUAGUAUAUUCAAAUAUAUAUAGACUAAUAGCUUGGUUUAAAAAUAAUCGGUUUGAAUUUAUUAAUGUGCACGACAACAUUGAUGAUCUAAGAGAUGCUGCCCAGUAUAAGCUAAUGGCACCAGAAAUGAGGCCUCGACUAGAAACGUCUCUCAAAAAUUUGCUAGCAAAAGCAACUGAAAAAACUGAUAAUGGAGAAAACACUAUAAUUUCCCGCGUCCUUAACAUGAGGUAUAUUCCGAAGGAUCUACGCAGGAACAAAGAAGAAGCACCUCCAACUCAUAUAGUAGAAGGCGCGAAAAGAGUAGGUAUAUAUAUGGUUGGCGCAAAGUUGAAAGAUAUUCAAACCAAGGAGUCUCUUGCUGUGCUAUUGAUGAAACCAGGUAGCAGAAUAAAUUUUUUAGUUGGUGAUUUGCUUAGCUUACCUGACAAGCCUAAGUAUACUCAACUCAUUGAUGAGAAAGAGUUUCCGGUAUACUUGACUUUUCAGAUAUUUCGGGAGCCUAGUAGUAAUCAUUAG